AUCAAGCUUAGGUUCCGCACCGGCACCAACCUCGUUCAACCCAGAAACGUUGCUCAGUCUCAACUCGUAGCCAGCAUGCCACUUCUCUUCUUCAUCAUCAGCCACUUGCUGCGUUCCGCACUCGCAGGCAACCAUAUGCAACCCUCAAAAGCCAAGAUAGAUGUGCAUGCGCACUACGUCCCAGACUUUUAUGCGCAAGCGCUCAAAGACGCUGGGCAUCUACCCGGCCCAGAUGGCAUGCCUGGGAUUCCUGAAUGGACCCCCGAGGCGCAUCUCAACUUCAUGAAAGCGCAAGAUAUAGAGAAAUCUUUCCUAUCCAUCUCCAGUCCGGGGGUAUACCUUUCCCUACCAUCCAAGUCCGCGACAGAGAAGGCCGUCAAACUCGCACGUCAAGUCAACGAGUAUGGUUCGGAGGUGAAAGCCAGGUAUCCCGACAAGUUUGGAUUCUUUGCAUCGCUUCCGCUCCCAGAUGUGAACGCAUCCGUGGAGGAGAUUACAUACUGCUUCACCCAGCUCAACCCGAAACCCGACGGCAUCGUGCUUAUGUCCAACUUCUAUGGAAUGUAUCUCGGCGACCCGGAACUCGAUCCAGUUUACAAGGCGCUGAACGAGGUGAACGCCACAAUAUUUGAGCAUCCCACCGCACCCUGCACGGAGCAUAACCAUUUAAGAUUCUCGAUCGACGGAGAAGAUCCUGAGAUCACACCACCAGAAUGGCUUACCCUGAAUAGACCGGUAGCCGGCCGACAGGGUCGGGCGCCGACCAUCGACUUCCCGUUCGACACGGCUCGUACAUUUGCAGACUUAUUCUACUCCAAGAUUCCGACGCGAUUCCCUCGCAUCAAGUGGAUUAUGCCUCACGCAGGCGGCGGUCUGGUUCCCACUCUGGAUCGGAUCGUCAGCUAUAGCACGCCAGAUGUCAAUCUAACAGAGGCGUUCAUGAAGUCAACCCUGGCGGAAAACUUCUACUUUGACCUUGCUGGGCCCUGGCCGGUUAUCUGGGCGAUUCCUCCUCUGCUUCGGUGGGUGAGCUAUAAGAAGCUGUUGUGGGGGACGGAUACCCCUUUCACGCCAUGGGCUAUGGCCGAAACCGGGAGGAUCAAGUUUGAUCAAGAUAUUGAGGAGGUUCUCAACAACACUAGGAAGACUGAAGCUGUGAGGAGGGGAAACGCAGCGAAACUUUUUGGACGAUGAAGACGUCACCCUAUUUCUGAUCACGCUCCGAGAGAUAAAGUCAUCAACUAGGAAUAUCAUGAGCCUAAAGGCGAUGUUCGAAGAGUGAGACCAAGUUGUUCCCAAUGCCAAUUGAUCAAGGUAUCUGAAGUUGCUUUAUCAAUUAGCUCGAUCUAUGGUAGCCUGUAAUAUUUUCGACAUGAAGAAAAAUGAUGCUCCAUAACCGGCAGUCAGCCAGACGCAGCUUGCCUAUCGGAGGCAUCACAUGACACUGCCUACCUUGAUGAGUGCAUCAUCGUUCUAUCAGAUUAUCUUCCUCCAUGUUACAUCGCAUGCGAGCAAUUCCAGAAAGAAUCCUACUAUCGUGGGCAGAAUACAAAUCGGUGCAACAGAAGCAGUUGCUUAUAGAUAUCUUAUCCGGACAUAGAGUUGAGACCCCGAGGCU